UAAAUGGAAACUUUCUUACACCGAUUGCCUCGCAGGGUGAUUGUGUUUUAUUGACUUAUAUUUAUCCUUGAUGUAUUUAGAAUUAUUUUGAUAAAAGUCACUCUUCGGACGGCGCGGUUGUCAUGGCAACAGUCCUCAAACAAACCCGCUCAGACGGAUCUGUGAAAAGUCACUUGAUCAGAUGAUUAUUAUUGAUUAUUUUCUGGCGGGAUUUUAUUUGAUUUUCUCGGUGAGUUGUGUGAUUUCACACGCGCGCGCUCAGAUGUCUGUGACGGAUUUUUUGCGGGAAGCGGAUCGUCUGAGAAAACUAGAGAUUAAACACGAGAGAGAGACGAGCAGAAGAUUUCACGCAAGAAAACAUUUCAGUGUGUUAGAGGAGAUUCACGUGAACGAUGAACUCGGAGCAGACAGUAAAAUCUGCUUAAUGAAAGUACAAGAAGAAUUACAGAAGAUCAGGAAUUGUGUCUAUAGUUUCCAGGCGCAGCUGACAGACGUCAAACCCUCUCCAGACUUGAUUGACAGAAUAAAAGACACCAUGACUGAUAUUGAGAACUCCAUCAAAAUGUUUAAAGACAAGCAACAUCAAAGAUUUGAGGAACUCUUGAAAGAGGAGAAGAUCUUUUGGCAGGAAAUCGGUGCCUUUGAGCAGAAGAUUGAUGUUUGGUCAUUGCCAGUGAAAGCAGAUGGCGGCGUUCCUCGGUCAGCAGGGAUCUGUGCAGACGUGAAGGACUCGAGAAAUCUCCCCACUGAGGUGAUGGCAUUAGAGACCUUUCUGCAGCAGAGCGGGGGGCUACACGGCUGCUGGGACAAGUAUGACCACCAGAACUUCAUGAAAGUUUGGACGAAGCACAAUGGAAAACCUUCAUACAGAAAAGAAGCAAAGCUUUAUUUACCCGAUAAGACCGUGGAGGACAUUCGACUGCAUGAGGAAUGGUAUCUAGAGCUGUGUCAUCUCCAGGAAGAAAAGAGGGAGGCCAUCCACAAAUGGAGAGCAGGCAAGCAGAGGGAGCACGAGCUGCAGAGAGAACAGCGGGAGAAAGAAGCUUUGAGAAAAGAGCCGGACGAGGCCGCCGCCGACCUGCGCCUUAAACAGGAGGAGCAGCGCAGGGAGGCGUCUGAGCAGCUGGAGACCUGGAGGAGCUGCAGAAAACAACAGCUGGAACGAGAGCAGGAGCAGCGAGUCAGACACCAGAUCCAGAGGAGAAAAAGAGCAAAAGAAGAACGGAGGAGACAGCUGGAGCUGAAGCUCAUGGUGGAGUCUCGCGUUCAGCAGAAGAAGAAGGAGGAGGAGCUGCACGUGCUGCAGAAAGAAGCGCAGCUGCAGGCCGAGAGAGAGGAGCGUCGCAGGCUGGCGGCCGAAGACAUCAAACGCUUUCAGCAAAGGGAUUCACAUCGCUUAGAGAUCAAACUGCAGGAGAAACAGAACAAAGAGCAGGAGGAACAUGAGCGACAAAGAAAUCUAGAUAAACUAAAGGAAAAGGUGCAGAUUCACAUCGCUCGAGAUCCCACGAGACUGUGGAAGGCGACUAAAGGCUGGGAGGAACAUAUUAAAGAGAUCGGUCCAUCUGGCGGCGGGCCGGUAUCUCACAUGUUCCACAGGGCCGUUCCAACCUGGAGACAAGACUUGUGAAAUGACCUCUGCACAACGAAUCUCUCAAUUGUCACAUACCAAAUAUUCUGUAUAAAUCACGGUGUGAUGUUUGAUCAAGC